AUCCUUUUCCCCUUUUUUCCCACUUUACGUUGAAUCAGCGGAGACGCAAAAAAGAAGUGUGAGAGAGAGAGAGAGAGAGAGAGAGAGAGAAAGAGAGAGAGAGCAUAUAUAGAGAGAUAUUUUCUUUACCAUUUCGUCUAACAUCCCAAUUUUUCUUCUUUCUUCCUUGUCAAACUUAGGGUUUCUUCCUUCUCCUUUGCUUCUAUCAUUUUAUGCGUGUGAGUUGAAUUUGAUGUGGAUGAAUAUUGUUGGCUUUUCUGUGGAAUCCUCGUGCUAGCAAGGAGAAGUAGCUUGAAUUUGAGGGUUUAACCUAUCCCUGUUGAAAAAAGGUUAGCUGAGUUUUGGGUUAGUAGAAAGGUGAUCAGGUUUUAAUUUCUUGGUGUUUGACUAUGCCAACAUCCUGGGCUGAUUCGGUUUCUGCAGCCGAGAAUCUGGCUGCUGCUUGCCCAAAGUCAUCCUAUGUUCCACCACAUCUUAGAAACAGGCCUCCUUCAAUAAAUCCUCCUCAGGCCUCCUAUACUGGGCCUGCUGCAUCCUCUCAGGACCAAAUUGGUUAUGGUGGCCCAAAUGUAGGUGGAAGUCGUUGGAGUGGUCCAAGGAAUGAUUUCCGAUCUGGUUAUGGCGGUGGAGGAGGCCGUGGCAGUGGCUGGAAUAACAGAACCGGUGGUUGGGAUCGCGGGAGGGAGCGGGAAGCUAACCCCUUUGCAGAGGAUGAAGCUGAACCCUUUGUUGAGCCAGAGAAUUCUGGGAUCAACUUUGAUGCAUACGAGGAUAUUCCUGUGGAGACAAGUGGGGAUAAUGUACCCCCUCCUGUGAACACUUUUGUUGAGAUUGAUUUAGGUGAAGCUGUCAACCUAAAUAUCAGGAGAUGCAAGUAUGUUAAACCAACCCCUGUGCAAAGGCAUGCUAUACCAAUUGCACUUGCUGGUAGAGAUUUGAUGGCUUGUGCUCAGACUGGUUCUGGAAAAACGGCUGCUUUCUGUUUUCCCAUCAUAAGUGGAAUAAUGAGGGGACAAUUUCCAAGACCUCCACGUCCGCGGGUGGCAUUUCCGCUGGCUCUUAUUCUUUCUCCGACUAGGGAGCUCUCAUGCCAAAUUCAUGAUGAAGCUAAGAAAUUUGCAUAUCAGACUGGUGUCAGGGUGGUUGUUGCUUAUGGUGGUGCUCCCAUAAACCAACAGCUUCGAGAACUAGAGAGAGGAGUGCAUAUUCUUGUGGCAACACCUGGGCGGUUGGUUGAUUUGCUUGAGAGAGCUAGAGUCUCGUUACAGAUGAUAAGGUACUUGGCUCUAGAUGAGGCAGAUCGAAUGCUUGAUAUGGGUUUCGAACCUCAAAUAAGGAAAAUUGUGCAACAAAUGGACAUGCCUCCACCAGGUGUAAGGCAGACAAUGCUGUUCAGUGCCACUUUUCCCAAAGAGAUUCAGAGACUUGCAUUGGAUUUUCUUUCAAGCUAUAUCUUCUUGGCUGUGGGAAGGGUUGGCUCUAGUACUGAUCUGAUUGUCCAACGAGUUGAAUAUGUUCAGGAGACUGACAAGAGAAGCCACCUGAUGGAUCUCCUUCAUGCACAGAGGGCAAAUGGUGCUCAUGGCAAGCAAGCUCUUACCCUUGUUUUUGUCGAGACGAAAAAAGGAGCUGAUUCACUGGAGCACUGGCUUUGUAUGAACGGUUUCCCUGCUACUGCUAUUCAUGGCGAUAGAACUCAGCAGGAAAGGGAAUAUGCCCUGAGAUCCUUCAAAAGUGGUAAUACACCAAUCUUGGUUGCAACGGAUGUGGCAGCACGUGGUCUUGAUAUACCCCAUGUUGCUCAUGUUGUCAACUUUGACAUUCCAAAUGACAUUGAUGAUUAUGUCCACCGUAUUGGAAGAACAGGACGAGCAGGAAAAUCAGGUUUAGCAACAGCCUUCUUUAAUGAGAAUAAUUCUUCUGUGGCAAGAUCACUGGCUGAUCUGAUGCAAGAAGCAAACCAAGAAGUACCUGCUUGGCUCUCUCGCUAUGCUGCUCGAUCUUCACAUGGAGGCGGCAAAAACCGUCGUGGUGGAAAUCGUUUUGGUGGCCGUGAUUUCCGAAAAGAUUCCUCUUUCAAUCGAGGAGGGGUCACAGACUACUAUGGUGGGGCCAAUAUGAGCAGUGGCUAUGGUGCACCUGGUGGGCAUGCUGCACCAUAUGGUGGUGCUGGUGUGACUAGUGCCUGGGACUAACCAGCCACAAUUUGCAAAUUCAGAUACAGUUUCAAUUUUGCAGUAGCAGAUCUCUACUCACUUUAGUGUCAAUCUCUUUAUUUUGCUCAUUUUUGUAAGUUUUGACGAUUCGUAAUGAAGUCUUCGCUGCAAUGGUGGUUUGGGUUGCUGUGACAUAGUUAGGGCUUGAUGGGGAUGUGUAAAUCUUGGCAGGUGGUGGUGAAUACUUACUACUAACAGAUUAGGAUUUACUUUGCCUUGCUUAACUUCUCCCUUUGCUUUUUCCCUCUGCUUUAACAUUUUGGUAGGUGGAUGGAUGUGUUAAAGAAUAGGUCUCAUGUAUAGGGGGGAGUGUGUUUCUGCCAGCAAUUGAUUUAUAUGUCUCUUAGGUGUAUUCUUUAUCAACCAAAUGUAUUGGUUGUAGAUUUCAAGUACAGGGCCCUUGAAGUGUUGUGUUCAACUCUAAUCACUGUUGUAAUAUUACAAAUUCAGUGCUUAAGUUUUGUACUACUAUAAUGGUCAUGUUAUGUUUUCUUAUUGUCA